UUUUCCUUUUAUAAUUUAGAUCUUAUAAACUGUGAAGUUUCUCAUUGUUUACAAGAUAGAUCAUCCAUAAUUGCCCUAUAAAAUCACACCUUGUUGGAUCCUCAAACCCAUAUGAAAAAUGGCUUUCCUUUCUACAAAAUCAACCACAUUCUUCUUCUUCUUCUUCUUCUUCAUUUUAAGCAUCUUUUCCAUGGCCAAAUCCAGUGACCCAGAUCCGGUCGUCGACUACUUGACAUCCCCCCUUGACGCCAUCAUCAACGGCACUUUCUUCACCUUCACAGGCCUCCGCUCAGCUUUCACCGAUUUCCCUUCAAAUUUCAAACCCACAAAAGCCACCUUCUCCGAGUUCCCAGCCCUUCUCAGCCAGAGCGUCUCCAUGGCCAUCCUCCAGUACCCGGCUGGCUCCAUCAACCCACCUCAUUCCCACCCUCGCUCUGCCGAGCUUCUCCUUGUCGUCAGCGGCAGCCUCCAAGUUGGCUUUGUCGAUACCGCCAACCAGUUCUUCAACCAGACCCUUCAAGUUGGGGACUUGUUUUUGUUCCCCAAAGGGUUGGUCCAUUUCCAGCUCAAUGUUGACCCUCGAAACUCUGCCACGGCCAUCGCCACCUUCGCCAGUGCUAACCCUGGCACUGUGGCGUUGCCAUCAUCGACGGUGUUUACGAGUGGGAUUAGUGAUGAGGUUCUUGCUGAGGCGUUCAAGACUGAUGUGGCUGUUAUUCAAAGUAUAAGGGCUGGCCUUACACCACCAAAGAGUUAGUGAAUAAGUCACAGGUUUUGCCAUAUUAAUUUGAUGAAUAAUGUAUUGAUGUUUACUUGCAUGUUUGGUUUUCUUUUUGUUUUCUCAAUAAAAUGUUUGUGUAUGUGUAUGAAAAUAAUUGUUUGAAUGUGUGUUAUAUAUAGAUCUAAAUUGUAUACGAAGAAUUAUGUGUUAUUUACGAAAUUGCAAGCUUUAAGAAGUCAAUAUAUAUUUAUUGUUUACGUU